GAGAUCGAGGAGCUGCGUGCCGAGAUGCUGGAGAUGAGGGAUGUGUACAUGGAGGAGGAUGUGUACCAGCUGCAGGAGCUCCGGCAGCAGCUGACCCCCUGCCGCAUCCUGCAGUCCCGGCUGCGCAAGGCCGAGCGCCGAAGCCUGCGCGUGGCGCAGACCGGCCAGGUGGACGGCGAGCUCAUCCACAGCCUCGAGCAGGACGUCAAGGUGGCCAAGGAUGUCUCCAUGCGGCUCCACAAUGAGCUGGAGGCGGUGGAGAAGAAGAGAAUCAGGCUGGAGGAGGAGAACGAGGACUUGCGCCAGCGGCUCAUCGAGACAGAGCUGGCCAAGCAGGUGGUGCAGAACGAGAUGGACAAGCUCAGAGAGAAUUCCCUGAAGAAACGGGGGUCUCGCUCCAUUGGGAAGACAGAGAAGAAGCCAUCAGUGCAGGAGGACAGCGCAGACCUGAAGUGCCAGCUGCAUUUUGCCAAGGAGGAGUCGGCCCUGAUGUGCAAGAAGCUGACCAAGCUGGCCAAGGAGAACGACGGCAUGAAGGAGGAGCUGCUGAAGUACAGGUCCCUGUAUGGGGACCUCGACAGCUCCCUCUCCGUGGAGGAGCUGGCUGACUCGCCCCAUUCCCGCGAGGCUGAGCUGAAGGUCCACCUCAAGCUGGUGGAGGAGGAAGCCAACAUCCUCAGCCGUAGGAUAGUGGAGCUGGAGGUGGAAAACCGCGGGCUGAGGGCAGAGAUGGAUGACAUGAAGGGUCAGGGGGACCGAGAGCUGCCCGGACAGGACAUGAGGUUCCUGGCGGGCAUCUCGGGCUGUGGGGAUGCUGGGGACACGGUGGCAGAGCUGCGCCGGCACCUGCAGUUUGUGGAGGAGGAGGCCGAGCUCCUGAGACGCUCGCUGCUGGAGCUGGAGGACCAGAACAAGCUCCUCCUAAACGAGCUGUCCAAGUACAAGUCGGACCACGAGCUGGACGUGACGCUGUCGGAGGACAGCUGCUCGGUGGUCAGCGAGCCCUCGCAGGAGGAGCUGGCCACGGCCAAGGUGCAGAUCAGCGAGCUGAGCGGGAAGGUGAAGAAGCUGCAGUACGAGAACCGCGUGCUGCUCUCCAACCUGCAGCGCUGCGACCUGGCCUGCCAGACCUCCCGGCCCAUGAUGGAGACCGACGCCGAGGCGGGCGACUCGGCGCAGUGCGUCCCCAGCGCCGACUGGAGGGACGGGAUGGGCAGCGGCCAAGCCGACGGGCAGGACAGGCUGCUCAAGGCCAAGGACCUGGAGACCUUGCUGGGCAUCCGGGACCAGGCAGCGCUCGUUAACAAAGCGAUCGACGUCUUGAUUUCGGAUGCCAACGGGUUCAGCUCCGGGCUGAAGGCCUGCUUGGACAACGAGUGUGCGCUGGGGCUGCUGGGCGAGGCGGUGGGGAGUGGUGGAGAGAGCCCCAGUGAUGCCAAGCUGAUGAACGUGCUCCUGAUGCGGCUGGGUGUGCUACAGCAGGACCUGGGCUGCUUCACAAGGAAGGUGGACCACCUCACCAGCGGCCUGAAGGAGCACACGGACUCUUUACCCUUCUCCAGCCCCAGCAGCCACGACACCACCAAAGAGGGGCUGCAGAAGGAACACGCCUCCGACUUCCAGCAGCCUGAUUUUAGGGACACCGACCCCUUCCGCAUCCCCCACGCCAAGGACACGGACCCCGCGCAUCCCCGGAGCUACAAGACCUGCCGACCUGAGGAGAACGACUCCUACGCCACCGAGAUGAAGGAGCUGCAACUGGUGCUGUCGGAGGCCAACGAGAGCCUGCGGGGACUGCAGGAGCAGCUCUCGCAGGAGAGGCAGCUGAGGAAGGAUGAGGUGGACAACUUCUCACAGAAGAUCUGCCAGCUGAAGGAGGACCACCAGAAAGCACUGCUGCGCCGGGAGUUCGAGCUGCAGAGCUUGAACCUGCAGAGGCGGCUGGAGCAGAAGUUCUGGAGCCAGGAGAAGAACCUGCUGGUGCAGGAGUCUCAGCAGUUCAGGCAGAGCUUCCUCCUGCUCUUCAUGAAGCUCAAGUGGUUCCUCAAGCGCUGGCGCCAAGGCAAGAUGGUGCACAGUGAAGGCGAGGACUUUUUGGAGGUGAACAGCAUGAAGGAGCUGUACCUGCUGCUGGAGGAGGAGGAGCUCACCCCACAGCAGCAGGCAGACAACAAGACUUGCACCGGGGACACCUGGACCCCCAACACGCCCAACGAGUGCAUCAAGACGCUGGCAGACAUGAAGGUGACCCUGAAGGAACUGUGCACGGAGCUGCGGGAGGAGCGGCGCGGUGCCGGCGAGCUGCAGCAGCAGUUCACCAAGGCCAAGGCUGCCUGGGAGAUGGAACGUGCCGAGCUCAAGUGCCACAUCGCCCAGCUGGAGUCAAAGGCAGGCAAAGGGAUCACAGAGCGAGCGCUGCCAGACUGGAAGGUGGCGUUGAAGAGGGAGCGUGAGGAGCACCAGCAUCUCCUGGCCGAGUCCUACAGUGCUGUCAUGGACCUCACCAAGCAGCUGCAGAUCAGUGAGAAGAACUGGAACCAGGAGAAAGUGGAGCUGCUGGCUCGCUUCAAGGAGGAGCAGCAGCAGGCAGAGCAGCAAGCAAAGGAUCUGCAGAACAAAAUCAACCAGUUGCAGAAAGGAGCCAACCCAUGGGCACUGAAGCAUUCUGAAAUGGAGAAGCAUGGCAACAACUGGAAAGAGGCUCUCAAUGAAAAAAUCACAGACAAAGAGACAAUCUCUGAAGCAGAAGCCAAGGGAACCAAUCUCAAAAGGACCAAGUCCGUUUGCUCCAUGUCAGAGUUUGAAAGCUUGCUCGACUGUUCUCCCUACCUCCCUGGAAAGACCCCACCGGGGCUGGGUGACCAUUCCCGGGGCAAAAAGACAUCUGUGGCCACCCAGCUGCUGCCCAAUGGGAUCCGGGACAGCACCAGCAUUCCUCCCUCCAACUGUACAUAUGUGAAUAUUGAGCAACCUGUCCCUGGCAGCCUGGCCAAGGAGAAGCUGGGUAUCUCCUCCUGGGACUACUCGCAGGCAAGCAGCCUCUCAGGGCAUGACCCAGCCCAGAAGCAAAUGCAGAGGAGCUACACAGCACCCGACAAGACGGGGAUCCGCAUCUACUACAGCCCACCGGUGGUGCGGCGGCUGGAGGCCCCUCUGGUGCACAACAAGGAGGGGAAGAUCAUGAUCGAACCCGGGUUCUUGUUCACCAUGGCCAAGCCGAAGGAGCUGGAGGAGUCGGCCAGCACUGAGAGCACCUACAGCCAGUGGCUGUGCAACUUCUCCAAGCAGCAGCGGGAGCUGCUGGACACCACGCAGACGGUGAGCGUCGGCCUGCAGACCGACCUGCCGCGCAGCAGCAGCAGCGUGCACGGCAAGAGCUGGUCCCCGCGCAGCUCCUCCCUCGUGUCCGUGCGCAGCAAGCAGAUCUCCUCCUCGCUGGAUAAGGUCCACUCCAGGAUCGAGCGGCUGUGCUGCUCCCCAAAGUACGGCUCUCCAAAGCUCCAGAGGAGGUCUUCUUCCAAGCUGGAUGCCUCCAAGGACAGGAGCCUCUGGAACCUGCACCAGGGCAAGCAGAACGGCUCUGCCUGGGCCCGCUCCACCACCACCCGGGACAGCCCUGUCCUCAGCAACAUCAACGAUGGCUUGUCCAGCUUGUUUAGCGUGGUGGAGCACGCGGGCAGCACCGAGUCCAUCUGGAAGCCAGGCUGUCCCGAGAGCAGCCGGGCCAAGCCUGAAGCACCCAAGUAUGGCCUCGUGCAGGAGUUUUUCAGGAACGUGUGUGGGCGGGCGCAGAGCCCCACCGCCCCCUCGGAGAAGAAGGAGACCACUGGGGAGGAGGCUGGCAAGAGAGUCGAGCACCCCAGCCCAGCCACCCACUACCCACCCGACAUCUCCCGUGUCUUGAACAAGAAAGUCCUCAAGCAGAGCAGCUGCGAGGAUCCCAAGCCCUCAUCCCCCAGCCAGGGGAGUAAGGACGCAGCCCUGCGGGACCCCGACCUCAUCUCGGCCAUAGCCAGCGAGGACACGGCGUGUGACUGCAGCUCCCAGUCCCUCACCUCCUGCUUCGCCCGGCCGUCCCGCUCCGCCAUCCGCCAUUCCCCUUCCAAGUGCAAACUGCACCCCGCCGACCCCCCCAGGCUGGAGGAACCCUACACCACUGUCACUGCAGACCCUGCAUUGCUGGAGCUGGGAACCUAG